AUGCUUCCAAAGACGCGUGUUAGGCGAGGUGGGGCUGGAACCCGGGGUGGUCGAGGCCGUGGUCGUGGCCAUGGGGUACCUCUUGAGGAUGAAGUUAGCCAGCUUGGGGAGAACCCAGGUGGGAAUCCAGGGGCUGGGACCAGUCGGGGUGCAGAAGUACCUCAAGCUCAAAACCAAUUGCUAGGGAUCUCGUUCCGUAGGAAUCCACCGGUGUUUGAUGGGACUAGUAGCGACCCUUUGGUAGCUGACCACUGGCUAGCUCAAAUUCGUAAACUCUUUAGAGCUCUCAAUAUCAUCGAAGACAACAUCAGAGUAGGUAUUGUGGCUGUUCAAUUGGUUAAGGAGGCCGGUGAGUGGUGGAAAUCUGUCUUAGAGUCAAGGAAGGAUGCGAGGAGGGCGGCAAGGACCGCGGCUCAGACAAACGAACCGGAUAUUGAAGAUUUGACAUGGGCUGAAUUUGAGGCGCUAUUUGAGGAGCAGUAUUUCCCAAAAACUUCACGUGAAAAUCUUAGGGAGCAAUUUGAGAAACUGGAGCAGGGUAAUAUGAUUGUCUCAGAGUACGUGCAAAAGUUCCAAUCUUUGUCUCGUUUUGCUCCAGAGUUGGUAGUAACAGAGGAGAGAAAGUGUCGACGGUUUGAAAAGGCAUUGCAUAACACUGUGAAAAGAAUGGUGAUGGUCUAG